AUGAUUAAAGAAAAUAUUAUUGAAAAUAUACUUUGUCGGUUCAACCCUUACUUUCCCGAGAAAUUACCAUCGUAUGAAAUGAAUCCUGCGUACCCUGAGGAUGUUAAUGUCAGACUAGGAGACAGCAGCGUUCACAUGUCGACCACGUUCUCUUUACUCUUGGUUCUAUUGAAAACCCUUAAAAGCUAUUUAGAUGAGAAUCCGGAUCAUCAUACACUUAUUCCUCACCCGGACUACUAUGCCCAAAGAUGUUUUAUUUGGGCGUAUCGUUAUGAGUGUCGCGCGCGGGACCACCGCCACGAGAGGGCUGUGCUGACAGUCAUCGCUCAUAUCUUGCUCCACUGCUUUGGCGAACAUCUGAUGGCUUUCUCCGCCUUGCUAAUGCCAGAUGUCAUGACGCUAUCUGUACUCACUGAGAUUCCUCCUAGACAAGACUGGACACGAACAGUAAGCUUUAACACAGCUCAGGCGGAUGUACACUUUAAGAAAUUAUUAAUAUAUUUAUCUGUCGAUUUUUUGAAAACUUUUCCUUAUAAUAGCUUCAUGGUAGAAUCUCAACACUGGUUACUUGGCCUAAUGUUUUUAGUCGACCCCGGGUUGUGCUCCCUCAGGGCUCACUGGUCUCAGUCUCUUUACUCAGAGCUACGUAAGACGACGCUGCAAGCGUUGGUGUGUACUUUGUCAAUCAUGCCUCAACGAUUGGUACAGGAAUAUGACAUUAUAAGAAGGUUAAUAUGGUACAUCGAGUGGUACUCGGAGAGUCCUUACGAGCUGCCGUUACUGUACUGGUGCGUGCGCGUGCUGCAGCUGGCUCGUCCCGCCGCCCUCGGGGACUUGUUCGACACUCACGGCAUUAUUAUACUGAUACAUCUAAUGUACACGCUGCUGGAGCAGAGGUGCCCGCCGGUGGAGCGCGCCCAGGCGGUGGUAGCGCUGAGCCUGCGCGUACUGACGAGCGCGGCAAAGACGGACGCGCGGCUCAGCUGCCAGGUAUACCCGCUGCUGGUGUGGCCCGCCUCCCUCGCCGCGCUUGCGAGAAACAUGCUCGGGGUCGUGCUGCACGCUCUCGACAAACAUCUGCUUAUUAGUGAUAGGUUUGAGAUAAUUUCUAACUUU